AAUGGCUGACAGCAGCACUCCGAGCUUCAAGGCGGCCGACCUGGUGAUCCAGCUGACCUCCUCUCCAAAGACCAAACCGGACAUUGGAGACUUUGGUACCGUCUUCACCGACCACAUGUUGGUCAUAGAGUGGAGUCUGGCUGAGGGUUGGGAGGCGCCGCUCAUCAGGCCCUUUGGGAACCUGUCGCUCCACCCGGCCUGUUCGUCGCUACACUACGGCAUUCAGCUUUUCGAAGGUUUCAAGGCUUACCGUGGCGACGACGACCAACUGCGCCUCUUCAGACCGAUGCUCAACAUGAACCGAAUGGCUAAGUCUGCUAAGAGAGCCUGUCUGCCUGCGUUUGAUCAGGCAGAGCUGCUGGAGUGCAUCAGGAGGCUGGUGGAGGUCGACCAGGACUGGGUUCCUCACUCAGACUUGGCCAGCUUGUACGUCAGACCGACGUUUAUUGGCACUGAGCCUUCUCUGGGUUUAAAGAAGCCUACUCGCGCCCUGCUCUAUGUGAUUUUGUCUCAAGCCGGUUUUUACUUCAAGACCAAGGCGGAGGCCGUCUCCCUGUGGGCCGACCCAAAGUUCACACGGGCCUGGAAGGGAGGAACCGGAGACUGCAAGAUGGGAGGGAACUAUGGCUGUUCUCUGUCUGCACAGUAUGAAGCAGAGGAUCACGGCUGUCAGCAGGUUCUGUGGCUGUACGGAGACGAUCACCAGAUCACCGAGGCAGGAACCAUGAACGUCUUCCUGCACUGGAUCAAUGAAAACGGAGAGGAGGAGCUUGCAACUCCACCUCUGGAUGGUAUCAUUCUCCCAGGAGUUACACGACAGAGCAUCUUAGAACUGACCAGACAAUGGGGUGAGUUCGAAGUGACGGAGCGCUACAUCACCAUGGACCAGCUGUGCUCUGCUCUGAAACAGCAGCGAGUCAAAGAGAUGUUUGGCUCCGGCACCGCCUGCAUGAUCUGCCCCGUAGGACACGUCGUCUACCAGGGAGAGAACUUGCACAUCCCCCAUCAGGACGCUCAGCUGACUUCACGGAUCGCAAAAGAACUCACGGAUAUACAGUACGGACGCACACCUUGCGACUGGACUCUCCUGGUGUAG